AGAAUGGGCUUCAGAUAUCAUAGAGAUUAUAUCUAACUUGUAUUGGAUGCGCCUCUAGCCAAAUAUUGAAGGAAGGAAGGAUAUCUAACUUGUAGGUUAUAUUCAGAUUAUGAAAGAAGCACAAAGUGUCAAAACAUGAUUACUUUUAAGUUGCUAAUGGCUCUACGAAGAGCUACAUAUAUGACCCAGGGCUUUGAGCGCCAAUGUUAUGUGAUACGUAAAUUUGACAUGUAUCAAUGCCGAGAAUUUAGCAAUCGUAAAACGAUUAUUUUAGAAGAUACCACAACUAAACCAAAACAGAGACCGAAAACUGUACCAGUGCCAAAGAUCACGUUGUUGUCAUUGGAUAAUUCGAUGGUAGUGACUGAUCUGGAGAAGGCUGAGCGUUUGGCGAAGCACCGAAACCUUAAUCUUAUUAAGGUCAGUGAUCCGGACAGCAAAACGUGCCGAGCUGCUUACAAACUCACAAGCAAAUUGGUCGACAAAACAGAACUCUUGCAGGAUGACAAGCAGAAGAGCUUUAAACUGCUUUACAUAUCUGCAACAAUCACUAAGCAUGAUCUGUUAAUAAAAAUAAAAAAUAUUGUGAAGUUGUUGAGCAAAAACAACAAAGUUAAAAUUUUCAUCACUCUGGAUGACACUAAGGAGAAUGAUGUAUUAAAUACCAUAACCAAGAUGGUGAAAGAUAUCAGUAAUAUCAAGACCAUGCCAUCAAAGAAGAAUACAGCUUUAUUACUCAUAACUCCCUUAGAUAAGAAGGAUGCAAACAACUCUAUAGAUAAUAAAGAAGUAAUUGCUGUACAUAGUACAAUUAAUCAAAGAGAUAACGCGUGAGAUUUAUUGUAAAUCAUAACAAAUAAUUUAAAUAUGUAUUUAUACAUGUACAUAUAUAAAGUAGAAUGUCUGUCUGUA